GUGUCAUUUUUGGACUUGAGUGAAAACUUGGGCAUAUCGGUGUGGCGGCGGCUUCGAGCUGAUUCAUAACUCUCGGGAAGAAAUGGCCACCAGAAAGCACUAAAACAGCAGGCCGGGAGGAUGUCUGUGGAGGUGGACGUGUUGCUGCAGGAGGCGAAGGAAAGCAUCGAGGCGGCGCAGAACUACCGCAGCGAACUCCAGCAGCGCCUGCAUGGCCUCAACCAGGCCCGUAAACAGAUUCGAGGCAGCUCGGGUCAGGCCCGCGAGACCCUCCGGAAGCACUUUGCCGAGCUGCAGGCGGCGGCUACUCGACUGCUGGCGGAGCGGCUGGCUAACCUCCUGACCGAGGUCGACACCAUCGAGGCCGACAGCAUCAAGCCGUUGGACGACUGUCAGAGCCUGAUCGAGCACGGCGUGGGCCAGGCCGACGAGCUGCUGAGAGAGGGAGAAGCAGCUCUGCGAUGUGGUCUUGGAGAAAAGGAGGACAAACUGGGCAGCUUCACGAAGAAGGCCAUGCACAUCCAGCUGGACAGCCUGCCAGAGGUUCCAGCGUUGGUGGACGUGCCGUGUGUCUCAGCCCAGUUUGAUGACUCCCUGCUGAGCCUGCUGAGGGACCGGGUGGCUCGCCACGGCGCCGUCUCCUCCCACCCGCCCGUCCAGAUAGAGGAGCUGCAGGAGAGACCAGGCAGCAUCCUGGUUCGCUGGUGUAAGGUGGACGAGGACUUCGCGGCUGCAGAUUAUCGGCUGCAGUACCGGCGCUCCGGCAGUGGGGGAAGCCAGUAUGAGGACGCCUACAUCGGGCGGGAAUCGGAGUUCCUGGUUCUCCACUUGGACCCUCACACGGAUUAUUUGUUCAGGGUCUGCGCCCGCGGGGAGGGUCGCACCGAGUGGAGCCCCUGGAGCAUCCCGCAGACGGGCUACACCACGCUGGCACCGCACGAGUGGCGUUCAGGGACCGAGGGCUACAUCCUGAGCAGCAGGAAGAACAUCGCUUUGCGCAAUGACUCCUCCCAAUCGCGCUGCCCUGUCCUCUACUCCAAAGCGCCCACCUACUUCUGCGGCCAGACGCUCACGUUCAAGAUCUCUGCAGCGGGUCAGAUGGAUCGGAGGGACAGUCUGGGCGUGUGCAUAGACAGCGAGAGUGAGGAGGAGUCACUACAGUGGGACCAGGCUGUCUGCAUUUCCACCAAUGGUGCCGUUUUCGUCAACGGGAAAGAGAUGACCAACCAGCUGCCUGCUGUCACCGUUGGCUCCGCCGUCACCUUUGACAUGGAGGUGGUGAGCCUGUUCCCCAUCAGCAACAACAACACGAGCGAGGGCGGCAACUUCAAGCUGAGGGUGACGAUCGGCUCGGGGAACCGCGAGGUGGUGUUCGAUUGGCUGGUGGACCAGCCGGUGGACUGCCUCUUCUUCGGCUGCUCCUUCGUCCACUCCGGCUGGAAGGUGCUCGUGUUUUAAGACGCCAGCUCCUCCGGCGUCCCAGUCCAAACAUUUCUGCUCCUCUUUUUUUCACCUCACACACACAAAAAAGCCGCUCGCACGUCUGUUGGGUUGAAGCUCAAACAGGAGCCUUUCUCUUCUGGAGUUUCCUCGCUGGAGCGAGUUUUCAACCGGCGGCGUCUGCCGACGUUUCCUUCUGCUUGUCACAAACUGCAGCUCCUGUCUUCGGCUCGGUUCUGCAGUGACGGUUUCUGCUGUUUGUAAUCGAGGCCGUGGACAGAGUUUCAGUCUGAGGACUAACUGUCCCCUCUCCUGCAGUCCUCUCACUUUCUGAGUAACACUGAUUGAGCUCAGCCGUCCUCCAUCUGCACAUUUACCCAGUGAGGUCUCAUGUGUUCACACCAAAUGGAGGGUGAACCACUUUGCAGCCGCUCAGAACCCCACAGCAUUCACCCUGAUAUCACGUUACAUGGUUUACCCUUCACUUUUAGAAACCUCGUCCUGCAUUUCUGAGUGGCAGCCAUGACCUCUGCAAAGCCUUUGUUUGAUGUGGACGCACUAUUAAGUCAUCAGAGAUAAUGAGAAGUAGCUCGAGCCCCUAACCCUGAGGUUUGGACAUGAUUAAAAGGACUGUGUCGUUUUUGGCGUUUGACUUCUGAGAAAAUCGCAUAAUUUCAUAGCACAGGGUUACUAUGGUUACUACAGGUUAGGGUUACUUGGACUUCACGGGUUAUAGAGGAGGAUAAAACCAAAACCAGUAAAAGUCCUGAGGAAUCAGAUUUUAUCCAUAAACCUCCACGUGGCGUUUGGGAACAGCAACCCACACACAUGUCGGCAUCAUAUAAAAAUGGCUCGUUCAGAAUGCUCUGACCAAUCGGAUCCUUCAGGGCUGCAGCACACAUAUCUGAGGUGAAGCGCUCCAUUUCAGGACCUUUACAUGUUAGCCUGCGGUUAGAGUCCUGCAUGAAAUCAGACGUCUACAGUGGCUGAAAGUGAUGAUUAUCAGGGCUAAAAAAGUGCCACGAGCUGCAGUUCCUCCAACGUCCACUAGUUGUCUCCAAAAGUCCCCAUAGACUCCCAUGUUAAAAAUGUGCAACUUUAAAGCGGAAAUAAACAUGUUUACAGCCUGAUACAGACGCUGUUUUGGUCUCAGUGCACAAGUUUUCCUUCAUAACAUUUUUUUGAACUCAUUUAGAUUUUGUUGAGGCUUAAAAACUGACACACAGCAGGCUGUAAACACGUCUUUCUGCUGUACAGAUGGGAGUCUAUGGGGACUUUUGAUUUGAUCUUGACUCUAACCUCGGUCACCUAUGUGACCUGGAUCAACAUGUAGAAAUCCAAAAUGUGACGCUGAGGCUUUAAAAUGAAAUCUGAAUCAUGCGUCCCAAUUUCACAGCUGAUGACUGAUUUCUGGCUGACAGGUGGCGCUCUGAGCGUUUCAUUCUGUUUUUGCUUUUUUAUUUUUUUUAGUUACAUGGUUACUUUUAAGCUUGCUGACAGUAUUUAAAGCAGGAGGAGGGCGUCAAACGGCAAAUGAUCCGUUAUCAUUUCUUUCAGUAGCGAACCGGCAGCCAUUUUAACAAAACAGUCAACUAAACCGAGUAAAGUCUGUGGUAAUGUACAGGAAGUUUCCCCAUGGUUUUUCCUGCCCUGCCAAUUUUUUUCAUGCUCAUGUUUGCACUCUGGUGGAGCAGAGGGCCUGAUGUGGUUUAAAAAUGUCUUCAGAUGUCUUAACAUUGCGAGUUUUCCUGCGUAGCUUUUUGUUUUUACAUACGUGUUCUGCACACACACUGUCAUAGGAUUUAUCUGCUGCAACUGCUCACUUGUCUUGCUUUUAUUACACGUCUGGACACAUUUCAGCCGCCUGGCGUAAUCUGUUAUCAGCUGAUACAAAGACAGGCCGGGACAGCUUGUUGCUCACAGAUGUUCUCCUGUUUUUCUGAAGAACUGAGCACAGUGUUUCGUGUUUUUAGAGAACUGUGGGACUCUGGAUUUGGUCCAGUUGAUGGUACAAAAGUCCGGAAACCAGCAACCUCAAAAAACCCUUUUAUUUUAUUUUUCGUCUGAAGGUGGAGGAAACAAACCUGUUUGUGUCAAAGUCACAUCAGUGACACCUGCUGGUCAAACCUUUGUAUUGCAUGUGUGUUCACUGCUGGUCUCUUCACAUUGUGUUCAAUAAAGAUCAUCAUGUGAUUCUCAGUUUUAAAAAUA